GGAAAGCACUCAAAACAAGUUUGCCCUCGCUUUCGGCACGGCGAAGCAGAAGCGGCGCUGGGUCCGGUGACGAGCAUUCGUGCGUCGGCCGCAUCUCCGCGCCAGUGAUGUUUUGGUUUCGGUGACAGACACGCGCUUGGCGGCGCCCGCACGCUCCCUCGGCCAUGGGAUUUUUACGAACGACGGCCAACGUCUUCUUCUUCCUCCUAUCUUUCGUCACAUUCUUCAUGGGUGUUGUGGUGCUCGGCUACAUGCUCUGGGUCCUGGCCACCACGGAAAACCGAAGGUUCAUCGACGGUGUCCUGGUGUUCACCUACGUUCACUUAGGAGUGGGGGCGGCCUGGUUCCUUACAGGAAUGUGCGGCUGGAUCGGGUCGUACAAGAAGGGCGGCCUCGGCAUGAAACUGUUCUUGUUCCUCGCCGUUGUCAUGGUAGCGGCGGAAAUAGGCGGCAUCGUUGCACUCAGCAUACUCAAGAUAAAGAUGGUGGACAUAUUAAAGUCCGGCUGGAUCGAAGUGAACGAACCGACGAAAAACUUUAUCCAGGACAGGCUGGACUGCUGCGGCUUCAGCGGCCCAAAAGAGUUCGCCACCACAAACAGCCACAUAGACGAGACCUGCUAUCGGUUAGUGGGCGAGACCGAGGAUGUCUCUAUCAAGGAGAUCCGCCGGAUCAAAAGGGCCGGCUGCAAAGAGAGGCUGGUGGACUUCUUCUACAAGCACAAGAUCAUUUGGAUAUCCUCGCUAGGCGUCGUCCUACUGCUACAGGUGACGGCGAUACUACUGUCCGUGUACCUCAUCAAUGCCAAGAAGAGAGAGCUACGCGAGAACUCCUUCAGCUCGCUGACCCACCGAUCCUAUACCACUGGCUACUGACAGCGGCCGCCGGCGCCGGAACAGGAAGUGCUCGUCUGGCUGUGACGAGCGAAAGUUAGUACGUCACCUACGACGUCACAGAGGGACGCCGGUCGAUCCUCAUCGAAGUCACGCGUGCCGGACCACAGCAGUUCAAGGCAGCGGCAGUGUUCUAGUGAACUUAGCGCGACGUAGUGUAGAAAACGAGUCACACGUUUGAACGUUGCUCUACAUGGACAUUUUCUUAACUAUCCGCAACGACGUCUAGCGUUUUGACGUAGGUGCACAAUAUGGUGAUAGUAUGUGACACCGUUGAUGAUUCCGGCGCCGAGUUCAUGCCAGUCACGGAAAGAUGUUAUAUCAUGAUGAUUGACGGAUCGAAGCGUCAGCGACUGCUGCGGCUUCGCCAGAGUAUCUUGUAACGCGAUCUUGCUUGCAAUCGUGUACAGAGGGGUCAAAUUAACACGAAAACUGCGAGAUUGGGUAUUCACGUGACUCUCACGUCGGUCUCUGUCCCCCGAAGACAAUUGAGUGACGUCCACAUUCUGUGAGGGAGUCAUUUGAGAGACGUUUCAUACACCCAAAUUCAGAACGUUUGUACGGUUUGCGCCCUUACAGAGUGAGCGUACACUAUAAGACAAAAUAAGGCGUAUUUGGAGCGUUUUUCUGUCAAACAACUAUAAUUGUCACCUAUUUCACGUGCAUCAAUAGCGUUAUCGCCGCCCUCCCGGGACUUCCUCACUCUAAAAAAAAGGGAGUAUUUUUUACUCUUUUUUUGGUGAGUCCUUACUUGCCACGUCUUUGACUCUCUUUAAAGGGACACGUUAACUCUCUUUUGGGCCCCACGACUUUCCGAAGUGAGUAUAAUGGUAUCCAGAGAGAGCUCACGUGUCUCUUUAAAGGGAGUCAUGUAGGUAGGCAAGUCAAGACUCACAAAAAAGAGUCAAAUGACUCCUUUUUAUCUUAGAGGGCCGGUCACGAACGGCGUGCGGCUAUCAGCGUGACACAACACUCUUGAUAAGAACGUAGCGAGCCGCAGUUUUCGAGAAAGAAAACGAGAGCUAGAUGACGAAUAUUGUUGCAUGGCAGAAAUACGCCCCAAACACUCCCGUUUGCCUAUAGAGUGUGCUCAGGUCGGGAACAGCGGAGUAAAACGUUCGGCAGAUACGUACCCCUGCGAGAAAACGGAGUCACCAACACUCCUUUUGCUCUUGUAGUGCAAAGUUAAGAAUACGCUAUGGAAGGAAUUCUUAGGAUCACCCAUCAGGUUCGUGGUAAAAGGUGGAGCCUGGAAAUCAGAUGUAUGGCAUAGGUGGCAAGCAGCUUCUUGAACACAUUAUUUUUUUCUUAGAUAAACGUUCAUUUGUCUGCUUCUUUGUACAUAAGUCGCAUAACGUUGACACAAGAGUGUUUAUUUACUUUGUAUAUCGUACUCAGGUGCAUACAAGCUUAAAAGUGUAGUAUAAUUGUAGUGUAGCUAUCCCUCCCUGGAUACAGUCAUACUUUCUCGCGGCUCAAAUACAUGCUGCGUACUGUUAUGCCGUAGCCUGAGGCUCAAGUGACGGUUACCUUAACGAUUUAUUGUAUAAUGUCCUGUUCCUGGUAGUUCUUGUUCCACAAGCUUUGUUUUUGUUGUGAGUACUGUGACAUCGUUCGCGUAUGAGCAUUUAGUGCAAUUCGCGUGCACUUAGUGAUGCACUACGGGAAAAAAACAGCAAUUUCUGUAUAUCCUCUUUUCCCAUGCUUAGCUCCAUUGAUGGUGAGCUCUCGAGGCGUAGUGCACGAAUGCUAUUGAAAGAAUCACUCAUCUUGAAUACGAAGGCAUGCGUUUUCAUUAAUCAUCGAGUCAUCACGAGGAGUCUUUAUUGUACCUACUCCGAGCUAUAUCAUCCUUAUAAUAACGUCAUGUAAUUUCUCUUACAUCUUAUCGUUUUCAUCGAAUGUUAGCUGUUGUAAUAUCGUUUGCGACAUCGCCAGCCUUAGCGCCUAAUGUUGCAUUCACACCGUCAUUUCACAAUAGAAUGCUCAAGAGACGUCGUAAAGGUGUAGUUUAGCGUGGGUUUACAGGUAAUUGUCGAACUUUUUCGAACAGACUACAUCGAUCACAAGGCUUCUCGCUCUGUAAUAACGGGCCGAGCGUAGUGCACUCGUCGGUUGAUAAUGAGUAUUGGAUAUCUCGUUUAGCAUACCAAAGUUAUUUCAGGAAGUACUCCUCCCCAUCGCUCCUUUUUCGUGUUCCGCAUCUUCGUUAGUCGUACUAGGAAAUGAGCUCUUCAAGAGAAGAAGAGAAGAAAUAAUAGAGAAGGAUAGGCAGGGAGUUUAACCAGUAUAGGACAACCGGUUUGCUACCCUACACAGGGGGACAGGGUGGGGCGAUUUAAAGAAGGAGAGGAAAGAGAGAAAGAUAGAAAGAUAGCACAUGACACUGCACACACAGAAUCAGUCGGUCACUCUUGCGUGGUAAGCGACAUUUUUGUCACAGCCGCUUGUCCAAGUUCGUCUCUCUUAAAAACCUCAGCAGUGCCUUCGUCGCCUUCAGCUGUGAUGUCUUCUGUUGACGGCAUGCAAGAACUGUUUCAACAGACAUUUGUCUACUGUCAAGGCGCGCUAGAACGGACGCCAGUGACUGUCUCUGGACAUUAUACGCCGGACAGUAAGUCGCACAGGACGUGGUGUAGCGUCUCCUCGCAACGACAGGCAUCGCAAAGAGCGUUGUCGGCCAUUCCAAUCCAAAAGGAAUAGGACUUCGUAAAUGCCACGCCUAGCCACAAGCGAUAAAAGAAUCUGCACCCAUCUGUAAGGGCCAGUUGCACAGAAGUGAACGGCAAGAGAGUCUAGGUCUCAUACAAGGUACCAGCAUUUGUUACACUAUUUUGUUCACCCACUUUGGCUUUAGUUUUGUGCAAGUACGAAAGGUUAUUUGUAAUGAGCAGGGUUGGGGGGGGGGGGGUCAGCUUUGACGAGAGAGAUUUCACAAAAGCCUGGAAAGGCACCCCUGAAGGAACUAGUUAUGGGGUCAGCUAUAUGGCUCCAGUCAUAUGGAUGAGGUGGAGAGGGCGGGGAAGGGCAAGCUAAUAUUUCUGGGGGGCGGGAGACUGCCUUUACUGCCGCCCCUUCUGGCACCUCCCCUGGUUAAGGUUGAACUCUAGGCCAUCACAAUGUAGUCAUCGAGGCCCUAACUGUAUGCUUUAGCAUCCAAAUAAAUUCUGUUCUAUUUCGCUCCCUAUGCCAGUACCAACGGCCAGCAAUCAGCAUCAGAGAGUUCGAAUUGGCCUCUACACGAAUUACGAUUUACGAAAUACGGAUAUACCAUAUACCUAUAUGCCAAUAUGAAAACAUGACCAUUGGUUCUGCUGGCGCCAUGAUGUGACGCUGACGUUAAGACUCUGUCGUAGUCUUUUCGGAUGCGACUUGCUCAUUAGCCAACGGCUGUUCUUUCUAUCCACCCUUCAGCGAGAACAAUGAUGUGACACAAAAAUAUUUAUCACAAGUCUCGACUGCACAAACAGUCGCAACGUGUCGCUACCGUCGCUGCUUCUGCCGUCCGCGCAUCUCGAGUGUUCCACUGGUGGUUAUUGUAUUCGAGUAGCGACGAUGCGUAUGCACUAACAAGCUAAAUUACCUACUUGCCGCUAAGGCAAAAGUUCACGAGAAGAUGAAGGCUUGAUGAAUAUUCUUAAACAUGAGGUGUCGCUGGAGCCAUGGGGUUUUAUAAUAAUUCGCUAGAGGGAAGUAUGGCGCUCGUGUCUAUAGGAGCUGCAACGCAUGGCGCUUCAGAUAGCAUGGGAACGAUGGGUAGAACAUGGAUCUGCCUAAGCUUCGUUCUUUCGGCUACGUGUGGCUCCGUGCGGCCUGCAGCCGCUUUGUCGCAAGACAAAGAUCAGCAAAUGUUGAGCAGUUCUACUUCACCACCUUGACCUUUUUAGGCUCACGAAUUCAAAUCUGGUUACGAAGUUCAUAACGAUCCAUUCUGUUAUCUGAAACGAACGCCAAAACACAGCCAUAAACAAAGACACAAGUGCAUUGGAAGCCGCAAGCAUGAAGAUUAAGCAAAUCCGUGUACUACCCAUCAUUCCCAUGGUGGCUCAACGAUCGCAGCGCCAGAGUUCCCUUUAGUAAAUAUUGUAUGACACACUAUGGCUGGAGCCAAGGUUUCGACGUCUUGUCUUGUCUUGUCUUGUCUUCUUCGAGGCAGUUAGUUGCGGCCUUGAAGAAGACAAUACCAUUUGUGGAAAUGUUGGAUCCAGCGACACCCCGUGUUCAAGAAUAUCUUAUACUUCCCGCUAGCAGAUUUAAAAACAAAAACGCCUCAGAGAAAAGUGCGAAACAUAUUCAUGCUUCCUGAAAAAAGUUAAAAGGCACGUUCUCACACGUGGCGUGUAUCAUAGUACGGUGAAGUAAGCAUGCCAGCGGCGGCUUGGCUUUACGCAGAGUUCCUUUUGUUGCUUCUAGUCAAAGGACACUCACUUGGUCACCAAUAACCUGGAAGUGUGCAGAAGGCUGUAAACGUAUUGCUAGCGUGCUAGAGACCAAAGGUACCGCUUCUCGUGGCGCGCAUGUCCAUCGUCUAUUACGUCAAGUACUAGCAUAUCAUACACAUCUCUUGUGAGCUGCGUAUACACGUGUCCAGCUAAAGGUAUCUGCGAAAUUCUCAAGAAAUUCGAUCAUGUCAUCACGGUGUCCACGCUGAAGAAGAAAAUUGUGCCGAUAUUUUCUUUCGCGGGAGCAGAUGGUUCUCUCGUUGUUGCUUCUGUUAUCUGUAGUUCUUUCACUGCUCUUGGCAAGCACUCACUCUCCACGCGCACAAGCACAUCUAAAGCAGUCUAGCAUGAAGUACGAAAACUAUCGAAAAUAUAGGUAGAGCAAACAGCUAUAAACCCCAACGGAAAAUUGCAACUUCGAGAGCGUGCGCGGUCGUGAAAGAGACAAACUUUCGUCGGAACGCUAUAACUGAAUGAUGAAAAGCAGCUUAAAACAUCAACUGCGCAUGCCCAGGGGUGGCUAUAGUCACCGAAUACGUCUCAUUUCACACUACAGUCACAAGACAAAAACAGAAAAAGCAAGGAGAGGGCAAGUAUAUGUUGAACAUACCAGACGCUAUGUUGUCUAUUCUGGAACAGAACAGAAGGGAACAGAAAGAAGAGAGCAGGAAGAACAACAAAUGAUCCACACAGAGUUAAGAGCAAGUGUUCAGUUAGCGAGUUAGCAACUCUUUGCUGUAUAAUUAGCAAGAGUUCUCGGACGUUCCAGCAGCUAUCCCAGUUUGCCGCUUCGCCAGGUUAUUGACCUAGUAUACUGAGCUCCGAUUGGGUAGGAGCGUAUAGUAAAGGUACACCGCAAAAGAGUGACAAAAACUCUCGAAAGUGGAGUUAAUCACAAUCGGCAAGACCUUAUGGCACUCCUCGCUGGUACUCCGUUGUUUCAGACUGGGCUGGACAAUCGCAAUUAGUAACAGAAACACAAUGUAUCAUGGGCCCCAUCACUUUCCCGUCUCAAUUCUCAUCACGCAAGGGAAUCACACCAUAUGAAUAUGUACGUGCGCUCACAUAUCGAGAAACAUUAUUCAUCAUGACCGGUUUUUGUGGAGGGGAAUCACUAGCCCCAUUCAUAACUAAACUAACACUCCUAAACUAAACAAACUAAACUAGCACUAUUAUUCAUCGUUACGAGUAAUCAAGCAAGUUGAUCAUUCUCUUCGUGAAUUCCUUUCUUUCUUUACACGGCUCAGGGCACAUACUUGCCGGCAUCCUGUCAUUACACACAUUACCGGCAUCUUGUCAGCGUUAUCAGUAGGCUGUCCACCAAAGAUGCAGCUUUUGUUUUCUUUUGCGUUAUUGUGUAACCGCAAUGUAUGGUGUGAUUGUUUGCUAUAUGUAUGAGAAAGAGGCAGUAGCCAGUGGUCACAUGGUGUGGCAGUUUUUCGUAAUCCAUCUUGUUACCGUAGCCCGACGUCCGCGCGCUGACAGAGUGGUCUACAGAACAACGUCUCGACCACGAUGGUUUGCAGACACGCAUACAAGCUCACACGUCAGUACACAACAUCGCACGUUCGCAAAAAAAAAUUUAAAAAAAAAGAUUGCCUCAGAUAAGGCUGAAAAGUUCAUCUGUAAGCAGGCUUCAAGGUUGCUCCCCUGAGUUGCCUUCAGAGUGCGGAAAUAAAUUAUGCCCCGUAGCUAUCUUAUGGAAUGCACUUACGUAAAUGUUAUUCGGCUCCUGUUUAAGGAAUUUACUGGGCCAAGUGAGCGAUUUAGAGUAUUUCUUUUGCUUCAGAAAAAGUGUUUUAUCAUUGUAGUAAUUUCUUACGCCUUGCUUUGAAACCUUAGGGGCGCGUUAAGUAUGUGGCAUCAGUGCAAGGACGACGGGGCAGUAGGUAACUUGCACAGCAAAACUGACAUGUUAUCAUCAUGCAUAUUGAUGGACGUUCAGUGUUUGAGAAAACGCACGAGUAAAGUUCAUAUUAAUUCUCAAUUUAUAACUGCCCUGGUUGCCACAACGCGAUGUGCCGGGCUGGUGCAUUAUGCGAAGGAUAUGACUUCGCAAGCAUUUCUUUCAUAUUUUUUUUUUAAUUCUAAUCGGGCUUCUGCAAUCGUUAUACGCAGAAACCCCUAUAUUCUAAAAUUCUGGAAUUUCGAUGUUUGAAGAAAUAGAAUAGCAAAUUACUGAGUUAGUAUUUCGACUCAAAGUAGAUGCGUUGGCAUAUUAUUGAAAUUUUCCAGCAUUUGGUUGCCACUGAGGGUACGUAACUCGCUGGAGGAAGGGGACUCUCUAGUGAAUCUUCGAUUGAAACGUUUGUUGUUGACAUUACCCGUUUUACGUUAAACAAGGAGUGAGAGACAAAGAGAGAGAGAGAGAGAUAGAGAGAGAGAGAGUGAAAUGAUGUAAAUUCAGGGAGGUUAAUUAGACUUUGUCCACUUAGCUACCCUACAUGCCGGCAAUGGUAUGUGGGAAGUGAACGUGAGAUAUGGGAGCACCAUUUUGAUUUGGGCGAGUUGGCACAAGCUUAGCUGGGGAAACACAGCUCAGAAAGACGAGGACGAAGGUACACAGCGCUCGUCCAGUGUACUGUGUUCCUUAGCCCUCGUCUUUCUGCGCUGUGUUUCCCCAGCAUGGGAGUAUACCGCUUACGUUGGCGAAGACAAUGUGCUCUUGCUCACACACAUAUAGUCUCGGUCUCCUAUUGCAGUGUGUACCGCUUUCAUCUUUCAGUAUUAUCUUUUUUCCUGUACUGAUACAGUUGUUGCGUCCUUUGUCGUGGUGAACUCUUUACAGUGUGCGAUAAACAGUGUUCUUUCCAGUGCUGCUGCUCAUGGCGGCUUGCGUGAAAGAUGACGCAUUAAUGAACAUUGAGUUUUACCGUAUUUCAAGUGUAUCGGUAGCUUCUUGUGUUUACAAUACCAUCAGUCAACGGUGUAUUCCCCGCCUACGACUGGUAGCAUCUAACUUCCUUACAUCGUCAUUAUACCAUCUCUUUGAUGACACGCUCAGGCAAUUGAUGGUUUGAUGCAGGACUCCUCUGCAUGAAACACCAGGAAGGAAAAAAGAAUCGUGUCGGUCAUAUAGGAUAACAAAAGCAUCGAAAGCGCUUCUAUUUCAACAUGGCUAAGCAAGAGCGGCAUGCUAUGCAUGCGUGAUGAUCUUCUUUUAAAUAGGAAGUUACGAAACAAGAACACAAAUUGUACAUAUCAUGCAGCAGUAUUAGCCUGCACUCACGUUCACUUGUUCACUUUUGUGAACAACCAAGGGCCAUCCUUGCAGACUGUGCCGGAUACUCUCUGGCAUCGUAAUAUGAACUCACGACAGCAGUGUCCUUGAUGUUUUAUCGACCAGGACUAGGAGUUACGAGGUGCUGUAGUGAUACUUAUGGCUCAGAUGCCGCUAGUUUUCUAAACUUUCGCUUGAAGCACGUAAUAUUUUAAUGGUCUAUUUAGAGUUUUGACUAUGACACAGUUUAUCAAGUAAGUCGUUGUGAUUUUGGACGGACGAUUGCGUAUCGGAAGGCACAUGCAGACCGCGUACUCGCAAAGCACAAGCCAAAGAGAUUUUAGCGCUGCAAAGUUGAAGCGGUCAUGAACAAAGUGGCAGCCCAGUAUAGCACUUGUGUUUAAGCAAAAUAAGUCAGUGGCCUCAGUAACGUUAUUACUCCUGAAUGUAUUUUAUUCAAAGUAUGGUCACGCAUUCCUUCGACAACUCCUUUUAACAUAUGCUAUCUUUUAUCCAUCGAAUUCAUAUCGCACUCAACGAGCUGCUUUUGUACAGCAUGUUGAAUGGCAUAUCAAGACGUAUACAGUACGUUUUGUAAACUCGUGCGGACUGCGCGUAAGUUCUAGCAAAAUGCGUAGUUAGCUUUGCCCACCAUAUGCCUCACCUCUAUACACAUGUGUCUCAUUGUCCGUUACUACACUUUUAUGAGCAGCUACCGUCAUACUUAACACGAACAGCUCUUAAAAUCCCACUUGCUUCUCAUGUAGGCGGCACUGGACAUUCAUUGUUUUGGAUUCUUUGAACGUGCUAGGUCAAGGCAUUGUCUCAACGAAGCAUUUCAUGUUCGCUUCCUACAGUCUGUACUUGUUGACGCUAAGCGACUCUAGAUUCAUCGUGCCUGUUAAAUAUGACGGUGGCUGCACUCCUUUGUCUUAGGUGAAACGUGGAGAGCAACAAAAAUAAAUAAAUAAAUAAGCACGUAACGUUCCCUUUUCUGCUGUACGUUAUGUGAACAACAAGAACGUAAUAAAACAUGAAUUUGA